ACGGCAGCGCUGUGGGGCUUUUCCUCAGGCUAAAUUACGCCUCCCUGGAGUCAGAAAAUGGCUGUGCUUAAUCAGAAGUCUGUCUUGGAUAUGAUUAAAGAGUUUAGAAGGAAUUGGCACACUCUUUGUAACUCUGAGCGAACUACCCUAUGUGGUGCAGACUCCAUGCUCUUGGCAUUGCAGAUUUCCAUGGCAGAGAACAACAAACAGCACAGUGGAGAAUUUACAGUCUCUCUCAGUGAUGUUUUAUUGACGUGGAAAUACUUACUGCAUGAGAAAUUGAACUUACCAGUUGAAAAUAUGGAAGUGAUUGACCGUUAUGAGGACAUUAGGAAGACUUAUGAUGAUUUCUUGAAGAAUAGUAACAUGGUAGAUCUGAUCGAUGUUUAUAAAAAAUAUACGGUUUUGACGUCUAAUUGUGAAAAUGACAUGAUGUCCCCUAGUCAACUACAGGAUUUUCUGUCUGGAAAACAGUAUGCAGUAGAUGACGAAGCUGAUCAUUAUGUACCAACAUCACCAAUGAGUAAACACAACCAAGAUAAUGAAAAGAUGCAGCUACUAGCAAAGAAAAUCAUCUUUUCAUAUUUAAACCUGCUAGUGAAUUCAAAGAAUGAUCUGGCUCUGGCUCAUAUUCUCAAUAUUCCUGAUAGAGGACUUGGAAGAGAAGCCUUUACUGAUUUGAAACAUGCAGCUCAAGAGAAACAGAUGUCUAUCUUUUUGGUGGCCACGUCAUUUAUUAGAACAAUAGAGCUUGGAGGGAAAGGAUAUGCACCAUCACCAUCUGAUCCUUUAAGGACACACGUAAAGGGAUUGUCUAAUUUUAUUAAUUUCAUUGACAAAUUAGAUGAGAUUCUUGGAGAAAUACCAAAUCCAAGCAUUGCAGGGGGUCGGAUACUGUCAGUGAUAAAGAUGCAGCUGAUUAAAGGCCGGAAUAGUAGGGAUCCUUUUUAUAAAGCAGUAGAGGAAGUUACUCAGGAUUUGGAUUUGAGGAUUAAAAAUAUUAUCAGUUCUCAACAAGGAGGUGUAGCUGUUAGCACCACUGACAUCAGUCCUGCACGGCCAAAAUCUCAUGCCAUAAACCAUGGCACUGUAUACUGUGGCAGAGAUACUGUGAAAACUUUACUAGUUCUUUUGGAUGAAGCAGCAGCCAGUGCUCCUACCAAAAACAAAGCAGAGCUUUUAUAUGAUGAUAACUCAAUUCAUUAUAAUGGAACUUCUAUUCUUACACUUUUUAGAUCUCCCACGCAAGCAAAUAAUUCAUUGAUAAAACCCCUAAGAGAACGCAUCCAUAAGUCAAUGCAAGAGAAGAAAAUUAAGAUGAGGCAAACCUUAAUUAGAUCCCAGUUUGCUUGUACUUAUAAAGAUGACGGCAUGAUAAACAAGGAUAAAUGGAAUAAUGUUAAUUCAGCAUUAAAGCCUUUGUGUGUUCUUCACAUGGAAAAUGACCUUUCUGAGAGUGUAAAUUCAUCUAUUGGAAGAUCAACAAUUGGAACAAGUUCUGGAAAUGUUCAUCUGGACAGAAGUAAAAGUGAAAAAGUAUCAAGAAAAUCAAGUAGUCAGACAGGAAAUAAAAGUUCAAAAAGGGAACACGUGGAUUUAGAUGAUGAAAAUAUUCUCUGUGAUAAUGGAAAUGAACUACCUCAACAUAAAAGUGUUAAGAUACCAAAGACAUCAAACAAUUUGCAGAAUAAAUUGGAUGGCAAACUAGCCAAAGUAGCAAAAGGCAGUAAGUGUACUGGUAAGGACAAGUUGAUUACUGGCCAGACAAAGUUAACUCAGUUUUUUACACUAUGAAUUUGUCUUAUAUGUAUAUGUAAGACUAUUCACCAAAGGCAUAAAUAUAAUUUUUAAGAGAUCAAGGUAUAAAUUAUGAUGCUUUAUUAUUUUGGU